AUGAGCAAAGACGACUACCUCAAGAUGAUUAAGCUUGACAGCAAUUGUCUGCAGGUCUACAGUCUGUUGUUGGAUUGUGCUAGUAACGUUUAUUACCAGUAUCCUUGUAAGGCGCCGGUUGCUAGUUCUCUAGACAGAAGUCCAUUGCCAUCUCCAUGCAAAUCGCCAGCUAGAACACCUAUACAAUCUCAACAGCAGCCAUACUGUAGGGCAUUGUAUGAUUUUGAACCAGAAAACUCAGGUGAACUUGCAUUCAAGGAAAAUGAUUCUAUCGUUUUACAUCAAAAAAUAGAUGAUAAUUGGUUUGAAGGAAGUGUUAAUGGACGAACAGGAUACUUUCCUAUGUCAUACGUACAAGUUGUUAUACCUUUGCCAUGAUGUUGAACGAUUC